AUGCCUGGUACUGUUGCAGUCCUUCGGACGAGUACUGUUCGAGUUGGGGGCCAGGUCGACGAUUCGCAGGCUUAUUUUCACCGGCUCUUCUGGACAUUUUCACCAUGUAUUGAGGCAUUCUGGCAUUGCAAGCCAUUGGUGAGUAUUGACGGCACCCACCUGUAUGGUAAGUAUGAGGGUACGUUGCUCGUCGCGAUUGCACUGGACGGGAACUCCAACAUACUGCCUGUUGCAUUUGCACUGCACGUAACCCCGCAACCGGGUCUGCUGGUUAUAUCAGAUAGGCACAACGGCAUCAAGGCUGCGCUUGAGGCUCCCGACGGAGGCUGGCUACCUCCUGCUGCCUACCGUGCAUUCUGUAUUCAACAUGUGGCAGCAAAUUUCGCCCUGACCUUCAAGGGCAAGGACGCAAGAAGGCUUCUUGUGAAUGCAGCUUAUGCUAAGACUGAGGUGGAAUUCGAUUACUGGUUUGAUAUUCUGCGAUCUGAAGACCCUGCCAUGUGUGAGUGGGCGAACCGGAUCGAUUAUUCAUUGUGGACCCAGCAUCGGGAUGAGGGUAGGAGAUUCGGUCACAUGACGACAAAUAUCUCCAAGUGUGUUAAUUCAAUCCUAAAGGGGGUCAGGAAUCUCCCGGUGUGCUCGCUGGUGAAAGCUACUUAUGGGAGGUUGGCAGAAUUAUUCGUUCGCAAGGGGAGAGAGGCAGAGGCCCAGUUAGGCACCAGACAACAAUUCAGUCAACAUCUGGUGAAGUGUAUAGAGGCCAAUCUGAAGACGGCGAGGUGCUUCACGGUGACUUUGUACAACAGAGAUAACUCGGAGUUCACCGUCUCGGAGACGACUCCUACUGGUUCGUUCUCACUUGGUAGCUACAGAGUCUCACUCAGGUUUCAAACAUGUGACUGUGGAUAUUUUCAGGUACUUCAUUACCCGUGUCCUCACGCCUUGGCAUGUUGUGCCUGUUCACGGCUUACUUGGCAGUCGUAUGUCCACCAGGUGUAUCAUCUUAGCUCGGUGUUCAGUGUAUACUGGAUGGGGUUCACACCUCCCAUUCCUGAGGGUUUUGGCCACCGUACGAUGGGCCGACAGUGA